AUGUCGAAGGCACAUCCACCAGAGUUAAAAAAAUUCAUGGAUAAGAAACUGUCAAUAAAGUUAAAUGCCGGUCGAGCAGUAACCGGUGUACUCAGAGGUUUUGAUCCCUUUAUGAAUUUGGUUUUGGAUGAAUCAGUCGAAGAAUGCAAAGAUGGACAACGCAACAACAUUGGGAUGGUGGUUAUUCGUGGAAACAGCAUCAUCAUGUUGGAGUCAUUAGACAGAAUA